GGGGGAAGAAACGAAACAAACCAGCAGCAAAAGAUGAGUGUGGUUCCAGCUGGAUCUCCGUCUUACCUGCACCCAGGACACUAAGCCUGUGGGAUAAAUGACUUCUCCCUUGUGUUGGAAGGAGAUUCGAGUCAACCAGACCCUUCUUGGAGAGGCGAUGUUGCCAACUCCUGCCCCAGGCAGAAAGAAGCUUUUGGUACUAGGGACCCCCUCUGAGCAAGACGGAGGGAAAGUCACUGGGAUUGGAGAUGUAAAUCUCAGGGCAGGGUGCAGGAGCCCCUGAAGAGCCUGUUGUACCUGGACUUUUGUCAGAGGGAGAGACGUGUCUGAGCUGGACCUGAUUCCUGGAAUGCAACUGUAAUGAGCCGUAGCUGGAAUUAUUCCUCAAGAAUUAUGGAGAGUUAGCAUGGCAGCAAAGUAUUAAAGCAAACUCUACCCCUUGGGAACAGGAACACACUCCCACUGCUUCUGGUAGCCACUGGCCUCAGAAGGACUGGCUGAAGGGAGCUCCACUCAGGUCUUUCCCAUUUCCUCCUUCUCCUCUUCCGCUUCUUUCUUCUUCCAGCAACGAUCAAAAGAUAGCAACAUCACUCAGAUCCUGCUAGAGUGUUGGAAAUACCGUGCCUUGGUUUGGGAUGAUUUGUACUGAAGUGCCACUUCAAUGGGAUAUACUCAAUGGGAUAUAUAAGGUCCGACUUGGGUGAUGACCACUCAGCUGGGACUGACUUGGUUAACAAAGUUUGCAGGCUGCUUGCAAGGACCAGGUGGAAUGGAAUUGCUGUGCUCUUAUAGGACUCUAGUGUUAAACAAGGGAUCUUCAUGCAGUGUUUGAAAACCAGAGCUAUUGCUCAUUUGAAAACUAACUCUUGCUGAUCAAGCUACUGGCUUUUAUUUUUUCCCCACCUGCACCUUCACGAAAAAAAUACACCCGAUGCAAUCGGUGCAAUUGUUUCUAGGUUGGUGUCAUGUUUAUGAUUUGCUAUGCAAUUCAAAUGCUAAAUAAGGAAGAAUCACAAAUCUUCAUCCCAGGACAAACAGAGAAUCAAAAGGUAAAAGCUAUUGCCACAGAGCUGUUGAUACCUCUUAAUGAGAGUCUUGAGGAUGGCGUCGACCCAGGGAUGAAGAGACUGUAGCACAAACCUUGGGUUUUUGUUUGGUGAUGAGUAAUUAAUGGACGCCUGAUAUAUCUGUAAUCUCUGCAAGGCAAGGAGCUGAUGUCAUCAUGAAAAUCAUGAUAUGAUUUCCCCCCAGGAGAAACUAUGACUUGGAACGACACCACAAUGGAUGGGGAAGGGUUGCUUGUGGAAAGGGACUCCUCCUUUCGAAUCCUCACCGGCUGCUUCCUUUCUUUGUUGAUACUCUCCACGCUUCUGGGGAACACGCUGGUCUGUGCAGCUGUCAUUAGAUUUCGCCAUCUGAGGUCCAAGGUGACCAACUUCUUUGUGAUCUCCUUGGCAGUGUCAGAUCUUUUGGUGGCGGUCUUGGUCAUGCCUUGGAAAGCUGUUGCUGAGAUAGCUGGUUUUUGGCCUUUUGGUUCAUUCUGCAACAUAUGGGUGGCAUUUGAUAUUAUGUGUUCCACAGCCUCAAUCUUAAACCUGUGUGUCAUUAGUGUGGACAGAUACUGGGCCAUUUCCAGCCCAUUUAGGUAUGAGAGGAAAAUGACUCCCAGGGCAGCCUUCAUCAUGAUCAGUGUGGCAUGGACCUUGUCUGUGCUGAUUUCUUUCAUUCCGGUGCAGCUGAACUGGCACAAGGCUAAAACAACAAGCUUUUUAGACUUAAAUGUCAGUUUUCAAGGUAUGACCAUGGAAAACUGUGAUUCCAGUCUAAACAGGAUGUAUGCCAUUUCCUCUUCUCUAAUUAGCUUUUACAUACCGGUGGCCAUCAUGAUAGUGACCUACACAAGGAUAUACAGGAUUGCUCAAAAACAGAUAAGGCGAAUCUCAGCUCUGGAAAGAGCAGCAGUGCAUGCCAAGAACUGCCAAAACUCCACUGGUAACAGAAACAGUAUUGACUGCCAACAGCCAGAGAGCAACUUCAAAAUGUCUUUCAAGAGGGAAACAAAAGUUUUAAAGACUCUGUCAGUGAUCAUGGGGGUGUUCGUAUGCUGCUGGUUACCCUUUUUCAUAUUGAACUGCAUGGUGCCCUUCUGCGAACCUACUGUACCAUCACGGGGAGCAGAACCCUUUUGCAUUAGUUCUACCACCUUUGAUGUUUUUGUUUGGUUUGGAUGGGCUAAUUCCUCACUGAACCCCAUCAUUUAUGCCUUCAAUGCUGAUUUCCGCAAGGCGUUUUCAACUCUAUUAGGAUGCUACAGACUCUGCCCCACCUCCAACAAUGCGAUAGAGACUGUUAGUAUCAACAACAAUGGAGCAGUUGUUUUUUCAAGUCAUCAGGAACCCAAAGGAUCCAGCCCAAAAGAGUGUAACCUGGUGUAUCUGAUCCCACAUGCUAUUAUCUGUCCAGAAGAAGAACUUCUGAAAAAGGAAGAAGAGAGUGAACUAUCUAAGACCUUGGAGAAAAUGUCUCCAGCACUGUCGGGAAUCUUGGAUUAUGAAGCUGAUGUGUCUUUGGAAAAGAUCAACCCCAUUACUCAAAACGGGCAACAUAAAACCUGAACAGCAAGGUUAGCUCAGUAAAAUUGAAUCGUCAAAAAAGAUAUACAAGAUUUUUUAGUAAGAAACUAAGCUAUAGUGAGAAUUAUACCACCACACGAAGUCCAGAGUUGAUUAUUUUCUCUUCAGUCAAACAUAGCGUUUAAAAACAAAGAAAGAAAAAAGAAACAAUUAAAACCUAAAAGGUAUUUUUGUAUUGUUCAUACUGAAUAAAACUGAGAUGCAAGUUUAGGUAGUGUAAUGACAAGAAAAAUGUUUCUUCUUCUCUGUAAGGACUUAGAGUUCAUCUGGAUGCUUGCUUAAAAUGAAGCAAGCUAUAAACCACGAACCAUUUAAUGAUUAACCCUUACUAGCAGAAAAAUGAAGUUCUGUUUGUCAUUUCUAGUGCUAGUGGGUGCUAAUUGGUUCUCAAUAAAGUGUGAGGGAUUGUAAAGCUGGGUAGAUGCCUUCAUAAAUUAUUUCUGAAAAAUAAUUGAGCCUUAUAAUGAGAAUGGGUAUUUUUAAAGAUUUUGGAGGUAAUAAGUUGAUGCUGGCUUUAUUUAUUUAUUGUUUUAAAUGGAUAUUUUUCAUAUGUUAUAACAGAUCUAGCUUUAUUUAUCUUAUUUAAAAUGUCUAAAUAAUGGGAUAUUUGUAGGGUCUCACAACUACUUUUUGACCAGUCAACUUGUCAGCACUUUAUAAAUGACUAUUAAAAAUUCUGUUAGCCUGGAUAACCAAUGAGGUAAAUAAAGAUAAUAUAACUUUUAAAGUAUAGCAAAAGGUGUAGGGGAGUCAGUGAAACUGAAAUUGCAGAAUUUUUUUGUGGGUUUCUUUAAAAAUAGGACCAGAGUUGACUGAUUGAUGAGUUGUGAAAGCUCUUCCCUUUAUAGAAAUAAAAGGACUUGCUGCUAUUUAUUUUAAAGUUUCAUGUUACAAAGACUUUGCUAGAAUGUCAGUUUGUGGAUCUGUAAAUACCUUAAAUAUGACUACAACCUUAAGAAAAAUCCUAUUUGAGAAGAAAAAGCUUCUUAGAAAACAAUCAUUAGUAUAUACUGUUUUGUAUUUAUGUAAGAUAAACAGUUUUCUCAGACCUUUCUUAUUUCAAGUCUUGGAUAUCUUUUCUGAAGAAACACACCUGAUUAUAAUGGUAGUAAAUAUGACAAAUCUUGUUACCAUCUGUAUUACUGCAGCCACACCAGUAGUCAAAAAUCAUGUUGUUUGUCUGCUGCUGUAUCACAGUCUCAAUUAACUUUACAAGUGAGGUACUUUAUUUAGUGCUUUACCUUGGAAGCUAGAAGGACAGUAAUUUUAGUCUUUAAUAUGUUAAUAGUACAUUGAAUAAUGAAUAGUGCCUCAUUUCCAUUUUGGAUUAAGACAUUUCUAAACAUGUACGGAGCUGCAGUCCCCAUUUCCAAAUGUCCUGUGAGCUCCAAGAAAAGUUGCCAAUGUUUGUUUUCACAACUGCUACUUUUUCAUUGUACUCGGAAACCAAAAUCCUUGCUGCUUUCCCUUUGUAAUGUAAAAAGCAGUUAGUGAACAUUAGCAACACUCGUCAAUAUUAAUAUACAGCCACAUUCCAAGAAAACCCUUUGUUUUUCGGAAUGUUACCAAAAUACCCUUUGGAGAAUCCCUUCACCACAUUUAUCACAGGGUAUUAUCAGGAAAAGAAAAGUGAAGGAGUAAUUAGAAGUCGAAAGACAUAUACAUCCUGCAUCAGGUCUGUGUUAUAUAUGUAUUGUGAAUGUUUUCAUAAUUUUAUUGCCUGUAUGCUGCUUUCAUACAUAUAAUAAAAUUAUUUUGUGAACAGAAGGUCAAAUAAAACAAUCUACAUUGCAUUUAUUAAAUAGAUUCUGGACUUUGUUUGUUGUACCAGUAAAAUUAAAGACAAACACAUGCUAAUGGUUUUCCACUUGCCCUAAUUUGGAACCACGCCACAGAGGUUAAUAGGAAUUUUCAAUACGAGCAGGAGAGCUUUGUAUCAGGAUAGCAGCACGUCCCUGUUUAGAUUUGCGACUCUCUCCAUUCUGGGCUAAAAUUUGAAAGGAAUAAAAUGUCUGUUCUGGAAAUGGCUGCAUUCUGCGUAUAAAUGUCUAAGCUGUUUAAAUACAUGGGUCCUGCUUCAUAACUGAUUUUGGGUUCAGUGUUGUUGCACUGGUUUAACUCUGAGUUAACGCAGCGGAGACCGAGGCCCACCGUGUUUGUGGAAGGGGAGGCAUUUAGUGCAGUGCUACUUUUUCAGUGAUGUUAUAAAAAUAGCAUACACGGAUUUCAUCAUUAAUGUCUCCCAGUGUGUUGCAGAACAAAAACGCUUGCUUUACAACUUCAAAAGACGGUGGACUGGCUUCUCAGCUGGUGUAGAACAGGACAUGCUAUUACUGCAGUAGAGCAAUGUGGAGUCAUACCAGCUAAGG